GUUAUACCAGCGGCAGCAGCAGUCACCACAGCAGCAGCCUCUCGCCACAAUUGGCUGUGACUACGACACCCCCGCCGCUGCCGCCGCCGCCGUUGGCUAACAAAAUGCAGCAGAGCCAGAGUAACAACAAUGGCUCCAGUUGCAGUGGCAGCUCUCAUCAUGACCACAUUAAGCGUCCAAUGAAUGCGUUUAUGGUCUGGUCAAGGGGGCAGAGACGCAAAAUGGCGCAGGACAAUCCCAAAAUGCACAAUUCAGAGAUAUCAAAGCGCCUGGGUGCUGAGUGGAAGUUGCUCACCGAAUCACAGAAGCGUCCAUUCAUUGACGAGGCCAAGCGUUUGCGCGCGCUGCACAUGAAAGAGCACCCCGACUACAAAUAUCGUCCACGCCGCAAGCCCAAGACGCUCAACAAGUCACCAGUGCCUGGUGGCGGCGGCGGAGGAGGAGUUGGAGGUGGCGGCAACGGCAAUGCAACAAGCACUGGCAGCAACUCAUCAGCUCAUGCCGCCAACCAUGCUGGACAGCUGGGCAAGGACUGCACACAGCCGCAGCAUUCACCGCAUGCAGCGGUAAUGUCGCAUCAUCAUCACCAUCAUCCGCAUCACCCGCACCACUCGCUGCCACAUGCCGCCCACGCUCAUGCUCACGCCCACGCCCAUGCGCAUCUGUUGCAUACGGCGGCAGCAGCAGCCGCCGCAGCGUCCCACUCGCAUUCACAUUCGCCCAACUCGCUGGCCGCCAAGUAUGGCUUUGGCUCGCCGCUGGAGCUGACACUGCCACGCGUGCCCAGCAGCUUUCCCAGCCUGGCGCACUAUCCGCUGGAUCCGACACUGGCGCUCGAUCUGCAGGCGCGACUGCAGGCCAUGUAUGCGGGCAGUCUGUAUCAUCCGUGGCGCUAUUUGCCGCUAAUAAGUCCGGAGACGCCGCCUUCGCCGCCCAGCAGCAGCGGCACGGGCAUUUCAUCCUACGGCUGCGUCAAGUCGGGCAAGUCCUCGCCCGUAGCCGUGGUGCCUGCUCUGGCCACAACGCCGCCCAAUAUUAUUUGACCGACUCCAUUGCGCUACGGCGCCAAUGCCGCUGAGCAUGCGGUCUAAGCGGGCAACUAUAACCACCACCACCACCCCCCAGCCCACCCACUUCCUUAACAAUAGUUGUAGUCUAUCUAGUGUUAGCUGAAUCUGUGUGAGUUUGAGUUGCGUGUUAUUUUUUAAGUUAACAACAUGUUUUAGUGCU